AUGUCAGUUUAUAAGCCAACAAUGCGUCAUUUGCGGGAGGUUUUAAUUUAUUACUUUAAUAGUAAUGCUUACGCUUCUGAGGCUCACGAAAUGCUCGUACACGCUUAUGGCGAGGAUAUUAUAUCGAAAAGGACAUGUGAAAGAAACUUUUUGUUAUUCAGAAGCGAACGGUUAAUUGGAGAAUUAGUGCGUUUGAGACUUAAAGACCCGAAUAUUACUCAAGCAGACAUGGGAGCAAUAGUUGGAAUAAGUCUAGUGACAGUUUCCAAAUUCCUAAGAAGUCAGGAAUAUCAAAACAAAUUAAAAGAAAAAGAGCAGGAGCAAAGCUUAAUACCUCUUG